CGACUACAGAUGUCAACUGAUCUUAUAAAAGGUGUAAGUCUCAAGGGCUUUCCCACCAGAAAGCCUUUUGCAUCGAGAGCGUCUCAUACCCACCGAGGAGCAUGGAGGAGACUGACGGAUCUACUUACUCGCCGGAACAGAGUUUGAGCGGUUAUUUGGACGACCUCGUAGUAACAGAUUACCACGGCUUAGAACUGCUAUCAACAGACGACCCACUAUCAGCAGCGCCUUCAGGAACCGACGGUCCCUGUGUCCCAGCAGAGAUUCCUGGUGACGGGAAUGAAGUCUUGAUCAAAACGCCGUUCUGCGGGGUGGGACUUCCACAGGGGAUGAGUUGUCAACAUAAAAUUGUAGAUCCCACUUCGUCCAGUCCUGGAGGACAUUCCAGCAAUCCCAAGAAGAAGAAGAAGAAGAAAAAAACUCUAACGAGUUUGACCACCCCUUCGACGACGAGUGCCGCGAGAGGAAACGCCUCAAUGCCAUCAAAGCCAAGAAGCACAGGGAGGUCGCUAAACUGAGGGAGGCGGCUCUGAGGGAAAAGCUUCGAGGAGUCCUCAGCGAAAACGAAGACCUUCGGUCGCAAGUGAAGGCGGCCGGGGAGAGAGAGGAGCAGCUGAAAAGGAAGAUCACGGAAUUCCGAGACAAGUUGCUUUCGCUGAUUGAGACGCUCUGUUGCUGAGGAGGUAGGUUUAUUUUAGAAGAACUUACGAACACUUUGAUUACUUGUAAUAGAUUCCGCAG